GAUGAUGAUAUUCAAAAUGGUAAAGCUGUGUUAAGUCACAAUCUGUGGUAAACACCAAACAUGUGAGAGAAAUCAAUCAAACAAGUAAUAACCACGUUUCAGUUUACAAUCCACACACUCUUGAAUAGAACAUCACAGCAGAACGCACUAUUAAUUUGAGUUUACUUAAUGAGUUAUACAAACAAUAUGAAGUAUGUAACAUGUGUGUACAGUUAUUUUGGUUGCUCUGCCUCGUGAUGGCCAAAACCAGAACAUUUCUGCCUGUGCUUCCUCUCUGUGUUUUGACCCUUCUUCUGGUCACAAACACUGCAAAGUGUCAAGAGUUUUUCUUCAACGGAUUUGAUGGUGCUUCUGCCACCAACAUCGCCUUAAACGGAGGAGCAGUGAUUGAGCACAAGGGCUUGCUUCGUUUAACAAACAACACUCAGAGAGUAAUUGGGCACGCGUUUUAUCCAACCCCAAUUCAGUUCAAGCACAACAACAAAAGCUCUUCCACCGACCCAAAACUUUUUUCCUUUUCCACUGCUUUUGCGUUUGCAAUCAUCCCUCAGUACCCAAAACUCGGUGGCCACGGUUUUGCCUUCACCAUUUCGCGCUCCAGGUCGCUAUCGGAUGCAUACCCGAGUCAGUAUUUGGGCCUCCUCAACCCAAAAGAAUUGGGGAAUUUCUCAAACCACCUUUUCGCAGUGGAGUUCGAUACCGUCCAAGACUUCGAGUUCGAGGACAUCAAUGACAACCAUGUUGGUGUCAACCUCAACAACAUGGUAUCCAACAAAUCCGUUGAAGCUGCGUUUUUCCCUGAGGAUUCAACCAAUAAGCAAAACCUGAGUUUGAAGAGUGGUAAAGUGACACAAGCAUGGGUUGAUUAUGAUUCAUCAACGAACCAAUUGGAGGUUAGACUCUCCCCAACUUCCUCCAAACCCACUUCCCCAAUUUUAAAAUACAAAGUAGAUCUGUCACCAAUUCUCCAAGAUUCCAUGUACGUGGGGUUCUCUUCUUCGACAGGGUUACUCGCAAGCACACACUAUAUUUUGGGUUGGAGCUUCAAAAUAAACGGAGAGGCCAAAACCCUCUCACUGCACAAGCUCCCAUCUCUCUCUGCCUCCAACAAAACUCAAAAGCGCUUAAAAUUAGGACUCUCCCUUUUAUUGGUUCUAACACUCGCCACAAUUUCUCUGGCGUGUUACCUAUUCAGAAGAAUGAAGAACACCGAAGUAAUCGAAGCUUGGGAGAGGGACGUUGUUGGGCCACACAGAUUCCCAUACAAAGAGCUACACAAAGCUACGAAGGGUUUCAAAGACAAGAACUUCCUGGGGUUCGGAGGGUCCGGUCGCGUCUACAAAGGGGUUCUCCCGAAGUCCCACAUGGAAAUCGCCGUGAAGCGAAUCUCGCAAGAAUCGAAACAACGUAUGCAGGAGUUUGUGUCAGAAGUAUCAACCAUAGGAAGACUCCGACACAGAAACCUGGUACAGCUACUAGGUUGGUGUCGGAAACAAAACGACCUUUUACUUGUGUACGAUUUCAUGAGAAAUGGAAGCUUGGACAGAUACUUGUUCGGUCAACCGAGGAAAAUACUAACGUGGGAGGAAAGGUUUAAGAUAAUAAAGGGAGUGGGUUUGGGGUUGGUGUAUUUGCAUGAGGAGUGGGAACAAACGGUGAUUCACAGAGACGUCAAAGCGGGGAACGUUUUGUUGGAUAGUGACAUGAAUGGGAGGUUGGGGGAUUUUGGGUUGGCCAAGCUUUACGAGCAUGGUGCCAAGCCUAGCACCACACGUGUGGUGGGAACGAUGGGGUACCUUGCACCUGAACUCACACGAACGGGGAAACCCACCACCAGUUCUGAUGUUUACGCUUUCGGAGCGUUGUUGUUGGAGGUGGUGUGCGGGAGGAGGCCCAUUGAGGUGAAGGCAUUGCCGGAGGAGCUGGUGCUGGUGGACUGGGUCUGGGAGCGGUGGCGCAUGGGGGCGCCGCUGGCGGUGGUGGACCCCAGGUUGGGUGGGGCGUUUGAUGAGGUGGAAGUUUUGGUAGUGAUUAAAGUGGGGUUGUACUGUUCCGCGGAGGCACCAGAGAAGAGGCCCAGCAUGAGGCAGGUGGUGAGGUAUUUGGAGAGGGAGGUGGCGCCGCCUCCGCCGGUGGUUUACGGGAAAAAAGAAGAUGGUGGUGGUGGCUACUACGAGGAGUUACAUUCGUAUUCGCCGUGGUCGUCGGUGGGUGAUGACGUGGCGUCGUCUCUUUCACUUUCCGGUGGCCGGUAAAGGACAAAAGAAACCAUAUAAUAACCAAUUUGCAAUAGUUGGAAUUAAAGGGUCAAGAUUCUCUUCUCUGACUAUUGACUAGAAUAAUUGUCUUUUUAUUUUUCCUCUAAAUUAACGUGAGAUUUUUAAUUUAAAUUUCUGUAUUGAAUGAAAUUUGUUUGUUUAUUCGUUAA